CGCGGGGCCAGUCCCGGCGACGCAGCCACCCGUGCGCGAGCGGUCGCUCGGCCACCCGCUCCCCAGCCCCAGUCCGCGCUCGGCGCCGGGGGUCUGCGGGCCGUUCGGGCUCCGGGCGGCGCACGGGGCCGGCGGGAGCCGGCAGCGCAGGACGCCGAGCUCCAGGUGCCCGGCUAGCGGCUGCGCGCCCGGGUACCGGCUGGGUUGGGGACUGUCGCUGGGUGCUGAGCUAGUGGAUUGCAGCGGAAAAUCAAAGAUGUCACAGUGGAUCCUUUGCCUCCAGGACACAUUAAGGUGAGAAUACGAUCUCUGACUGUCUGGAACUAGCCUGAGACUGUAAGGCAGCCAUGGAUAUGGGAUAUGAGCUACUCAAUGAGAGCCGCACUUGGCUUUCCCCUCCAUUUGACCUUGAUGGCUCUGUGGUGGCGGCCAACAGCUCCAACCAGACAGAGCCGUACUAUGAUCUGACCAGCAACGCAGUCCUCACAUUCAUCUAUUUUGUGGUCUGCAUCAUUGGAUUGUGUGGCAACACACUUGUCAUUUAUGUCAUCCUCCGCUAUGCCAAGAUGAAGACCAUCACCAACAUUUACAUCCUCAACCUGGCCAUCGCAGACGAGCUCUUCAUGCUAGGUCUGCCCUUCCUGGCCAUGCAGGUGGCUCUGGUCCACUGGCCCUUUGGCAAGGCCAUUUGCCGGGUGGUCAUGACUGUGGAUGGCAUCAAUCAGUUCACCAGCAUUUUCUGCUUGACGGUCAUGAGCAUAGAUCGAUACCUGGCUGUGGUCCACCCCAUCAAGUCGGCCAAGUGGAGAAGACCCCGAACGGCCAAGAUGAUCAAUGUGGCCGUGUGGGGAGUGUCCCUGCUGGUCAUCUUGCCUAUCAUGAUAUAUGCUGGGCUUCGGAGCAACCAGUGGGGAAGAAGCAGCUGUACCAUCAACUGGCCAGGUGAAUCUGGGGCAUGGUACACGGGGUUCAUUAUCUACACCUUCAUCUUGGGGUUCCUGGUGCCCCUCACCAUCAUCUGUCUUUGCUACCUGUUCAUUAUCAUCAAGGUGAAGUCCUCUGGGAUCCGAGUGGGUUCCUCCAAGAGGAAAAAGUCUGAGAAGAAGGUCACGCGGAUGGUGUCCAUAGUGGUGGCGGUGUUCAUUUUCUGCUGGCUUCCCUUCUACAUCUUCAAUGUCUCCUCUGUCUCAGUGGCCAUCAGUCCCACCCCAGCCCUUAAAGGCAUGUUUGACUUUGUGGUGGUCCUCACCUAUGCUAACAGCUGUGCCAACCCUAUCCUGUAUGCCUUCUUGUCUGACAACUUCAAGAAGAGCUUCCAGAAUGUCCUCUGCUUGGUCAAGGUGAGCGGCACAGAUGACGGGGAACGGAGUGACAGUAAACAGGACAAAUCCCGGCUGAAUGAGACCACGGAGACCCAGAGGACCCUCCUCAAUGGAGACCUCCAGACCACUAUCUGAACGGCUUGAAAAAGAAAUAAUACGCCAAGCUCUGCCAAGUGGCAUGUGCUCCCUGCCCCCAACCCUCCCUUCCUCCCAUCCGUCACACCUGGCUUCUAGAAUAGGGAAUUGCUCAGCAUGAGUCCAAUCAGAGAAUAGUGUUUGAGUCAGCUUGUCUGAGUGAAAGAUAAUGUAUUAAAUUGGUGACACGCCCCCCUUCCCUUUAAAGUGAACAUUUAAAUGCAGGCAGACAAUUCCAAGUCAGGAGAAGACGAGAUCAUGCCUGGGUGUGAUCUGUAGAAAUGGUGAAGCUCAACAAAAAUAGAAAAGUAUAUCUGCGUGUUUAAAACCUAAUAUGUAACCUGUGGUCUUAACAUUUAUACUUAUCUCUUCUACUACUCUCUAGCCCCUGUAUAGUCAUUACCUAUGUUUCCUGUGUUCCAAAGUACACGAGUAGUAAUCGAAGUGUGCCUAGUGUAGGUGGACGUUUAUUCCAAUAUGGUACCCGCAGAAAUGGACCUGCCACAAAGCCAAUAAAGUUUAAGAUUCAGGGA